AUGGGCCAAGUGUUCCAGCCAGACAUUCUUUAUGUCCAAGUGUUCUGUCUGUCUGGCCUGUGUAGUGAAUGUUCCCUUCUGUCUGUCUUUCUCAAGGGUGCUGGACAGGACAAGCUUGGGAUCUACAUCAAGUCUGUUGUGAAGGGAGGUGCGGCUGAUGUGGUGAGGGUUUUAGAUCAUGACGACUCCAUCCUGUAACUGUACAGAAUGACCUCCUCUAGAUUGACUUUCAAUGUGUGCACUGUUGCUAUUAUACGACUUCUCUCUCCUCCCCUCUUUCUCUGUGUGUCUGUGUGCGCGUUCCAUUUGUUUGCGUGUGUGUAGGACGGUCGUCUGGCUGCAGGGGACCAGCUGCUGAGUGUAGAUGGCCGCAGCCUGGUGGGCCUCUCCCAGGAGAGGUAACGCCUCAAACUUCCCUGACCUGCCUCGCCCCGGGUCACUCCCCAACACGACACACUAAUUGGACCUUGUGUACAGAACAACCUGGGUUUAGGAGUGAAGCAGGACACGUAAUGUGCUGAAGAGUGGAGAAACCAAGAUAAAACGGAUAGGGAACGUCAAGGCCAAUUUGAUACCAAAAGCUCUUUCAAUAGCAGCAGUCACACCAUAGAAAUGAAUUAGCUCAAUCGCGUAGAACAAGCAGAGACUUAUCUACAGUGCACUGACUUACAAUGACCUCCACAAUGUUUAUGAUGGGUCUAGUAGUAAUGAAUAGCUUAUCCUUGGUUCACGCCUCUCUCAGAUUAGUUAGUGUUGGGUUAGAGCUCUGGGCCAGUAACUGAAAGGUCGCUAGUUCGAAUCACCGAGUGACAAGGUGAAAAAUCAGUCUGUGCCCUUGAGCAAGGCACUUAACCCUAAUUGCUUGAUAACUCUCUGAGGGUGUCUCGGGGAGAGUUGGGAUAUGCAAAAAACUAAUUUCCAAUUCACACAUGCGUGUAAUACAUACUUGUACAUAGGACAAAUAUAAGCACCCACCAAAACAUUUAAAUAAAUAAAAAUGAUACCCUUUCAGACAAACAUGCACAAACCUUUUGGCCAUGUUCUUUUGGUUUCCAAAUGCCAAAACAGUUGAGGCUCAGUGUCCAAUCUAUAACAUUGUUUUCUAUUCUCGUAUGAAAAACAGAGGGAUGCGUAGUUAGUUAAAGUUUUAAAAUCUAAUUGCCACGUUGAAUUAAAAGCAUAUGGCUCAUUACACUUUUAUAUCUGCUCUUAAACUGACAACAGAAUCUGGUCCAAAUCUUGGAUUUGGUGAUUGCUUUGAGAAGUUAGUGUGUGUGUUUGUUUGCCAAUGAUAAACCACAAGGCUUGAGCGCCAAACACAGUCUAAAACUGUUGGGAAAUUAACUUUAAACUGUUUCGAAAUGAACUUCUUCAAAAUACUAUUGCAUAUGGGGAAUACCAUUCCUGAUACAGUUAUGUGAACCUCGUCUGCCAAUGAAAGUCUCAUAAACAUGUUUUGUUCUGUUGCAUUCAAUCAUCUCUCCAGUCCAAUGUAUUCUGAGUCCCAGUAAUAUAUCUGAUGUCUCUUCUCAGGGCUGCAGAGUUGAUGACGAGGACAGGCUCUGUGGUAACACUGGAGGUGGCCAAACAGGGAGCUAUCUUCCACGGUCUGGCCACACUCCUCAACCAGCCUUCUCCUAUGAUGCCCAGAGGUAAGGGUCUGCUAGGACAACAGGGGUGUCUGAAAUGGCACCCUAUUCCCUAUAUAGUGCACUACUGUUAACCAUGGUCCAUAGGGCGCUGGUCAAAAGUAAUUCACUAUAUAGGGAAUAUGGUGCCAUUUCAGAUGCAGACAAUGUCUCUCCUUGUUGUCCCCAGUAACGGGGUAGAGUCAGAGGAAGGCCGAGGUUUGACUAAGUAGAUAAUGAGGGUUUGUGCCCCCCCCCCCAAACCCCGUCAUACAGGACAAAACUUAGCAGUUGGCAUUAGGGCUCCAGAUUCCAUGAAAUGUCAGAAGUCUGCUUUGUUUUGUUUUCAACAUUCCGCCUAUACUUCUGUGGUUUUGGAGAGAGACUGUUGUAGUUUAUGGGGCGUUGGCUGGCUAGUAGUGUUUGUACUGAGAAUGUGGCUGCAGAUAGUUAAUGAUGUCCAUUCUACAUGUACUGUCUGCUGUGGUUGGCUCAUUAAUCCUCCAUCUCUUUCUCCCUUUCCUUUCUUCUCAGCGUUACAAGGAGGGCGUGACAAGAAUGGUAAACUGAGACCAAAGAGUGAAGGCUUUGAACUGUACAAUAACUCAGUCCAGAACGGCUCUCCAGAGAGUCCCCAGGGCGACUGGCAGGCCUACCCAGAACCAAAGAAGAUGAGCGGGGAGGAGAGGCUACUGAAGAACCGGGCAGACCACCGCUCCAGCCCCAACGUGGCCAGUGAGUAGAUGGGCGAUUCCAGCGUUAUGGACAUUACAUUUGCACGCAAAAUCACAAAAUUUAUUGUCUCACAGAAUGGACAAACAAAAUAGAAAUGGAACUUUUGAUGUGUGAAUAUAGCACCCAUUGUGGGGAGUGCAUACUCCAAAAAGUUGACUUGUUAAUAUUGACAUGUUGUAUGUUUUGCAUUUUGUUAUUUAUGUUUUGUGAUUUGGUUAAAAAAUAUAUAAAUAUAAAAAAAUAUUGGCAUGUUGGAAAAAUAAAGCAAAUAAGAAGCAUUAUGGAUGUUACUUGAAAUGGACAAGCUUUUUGGGGAGAUAUUAGCAAAAGUCUGAGUUUGUCUUAGGUCAAGUCAUGGAUUGUCAUUUCGAAGGAAAGGCUUGGCUGAACACAAAAACAACAACAAAAACAGUCAUUUCCAUUAUUACCUUAUAGAGGAAAAACAACCCUUAUAGAUGUUACUCUCCAUUGUGGAUAUUAGAGUCUGAAAUAGACAUUGAAAUCUUAUAAAUUUCGUGUUCCGAAUCUAUCAUAAAAAAUGUUUUUAUGUCAGCUGAAGGCAUAAUACAGGGGUGUCGAACUCUUUUUGCCCCGGGGGCUGCAUUCAGUCUUCAACGAGGUCCAGAGGGCCGCACUGAAAAUUGGUUAUAUUUCCUUGCAAUAAAUAGUCCUCUAUCCAUCAUUUAUGAAAUUUUGGAUGCUCCCUGGUGAUUAUUAGCGAUCUGGACAGUCAAGAAACUGUAUGAAUAUAGGUCUAUUAUCAUUUCUACUCAGUUUUGAUUUGGUUUUAGUCAUUUUAAAGUAUAUUGAGUUUGUUUCAAUACAUUUAUACAAUUUUUACUCAAACCACCCGCGGGCCAGAUUGGACCCCCUAGCCGGCCGGAUCCGUAUGUUUGACACCCCUGGCAUGGUACCUUAGGAUUGAAUAAUUACAGGUAGUCUUAAUAGUAUACAAGGCCAGACACCACACCUUAAUAGGUAACUUUACCAGUUGAAUUUAAAUACAUGUGCCUAUAGUGCCAAUCAACUUUUCUGGACACUGGAUGAAGUUAGUGUAUUUGGGGGGGGGGGGGGCUUUCACUUGAAAAAUACACUCCAGCACUAUUCAAAGAUUGUUGAUAAACACUUCUCAUCUUUCUAUCUGAAAAACAGUACUGCCAUGUAUGAGAAAUGCAUUUCAGCAUACCUUUUCCAAGAGAAUAUUAGCUAGAACACAUAAUUUUCAAGAUAUCAUCAAUUACUUCAGUAAAAGUCUGAAGAAUACAUCCCAGAACGAGCACACAAAAUAUGUUGAAUGCACAAGCUUCUGAAGCAUAAGAUAUGAUACAUCAAUGUCCAUCACAUUCACAACUGUUAUGGAUGUUACAGAUACAGUGAGGGAAAAAAGUAUUUGAUCCCCUGCUGAUUUUGUACAUUUGCCCACUGACAAAGAAAUUAUCAGUCUAUACUUUUUAUGGUAGGUUUAUUUGAACAGUGAGAGACAGAAUAACAACAAAAAAAUCCAGAAAAACGCAUGUCGAAAAUGUUAUAAAUUGAUUUGCAUUUUAAUGAGGGAAAUAAGUAUUUGAUCCCCUCUCAAUCAGAAAGAUUUCUGGCUCCCAGGUGUCUUUUAUACAGGUAACAAGCUGAGAUUAGGAGCACACUCUUAAAGGGAGUGCUCCUAAUCUCAGCUUGUUACCUGUAUAAAAGACACCUGUCCACAGAAGCAAUCAAUCAAUCAGAUUCCAAACUCUCCACCAUGGCCAAGACCAAAGAGCUCUCCAAGGAUGUCAGGGCAAAGAUUGUAGACCUACACAAGGCUGGAAUGGGCUACAAGACCAUCGCCAAGCAGCUUGGUGGGAAGGUGACAACAGUUGGUGCGAUUAUUCGCAAAUGGAAGAAACACAAAAGACCCGUCAUUCUCCCUUGGCCUGGGGCUCCAUGCAAGAUCUCACCUUGUGGAGUUGCAAUGAUCAUGAGAACGGUGAGGAAUCAGCCCAGAACUACACGGGAGGAUCUUGUCAAUGAUCUCAAGGCAGCUGGGACCAUAGUCACCAAGAAAACAAUUGGUAACACACUAAGCCGUGAAGGACUGAAAUCCUGCAGUGCCCACAAGGUUCCCCUGCUCAAGAAAGCACAUAUACAGGCCGUCUGAAGUUUGCCAAUGAACAUCUGAAUGAUUCAGAGGAGAACUGGGUGAAAGUGUUGUGGUCAGAUGAGACCAAAAUGGAGCUCUUUGGCAUCAACUCAACUCGCUGUGUUUGGAGGAGGAGGAAUGCUGCCUAUGACCCCAAGAACACCAUCCCCACCGUCAAACAUAGAGGUGGAAACAUUAUGCUUUGGGGGUGCUUUUCUGCUAAGGGGACAGGACAACUUCACCGCAUCAAAGGGACAAUGGACGGGGCCAUGUACCGUCAAAUCUUGGGUGAGAACCUCCUUCCCUCAGCCAGGGCAUUGAAAAAUGGGUCGUGGAUGGGUAUUCCAGCAUGACAAUGACCCAAAACACACAGCCAAGGCAACAAAGGAGUGGCUCAAGAAGAAGCACAUUAAGGUCCUGGAGUGGCCUAGCCAGUCUCCAGACCUUAAUCCCAUAGAAAAUCUGUGGAGGGAGCUGAAGGUUCGAGUUGCCAAACGUCAGCCUCGAAACCUUAAUGACUUGGAGAAGAUCUGCAAAGAGGAGUGGGACAAAAUCCCUCCUGCGAUGUGUGCAAACCUGGUGGCCAACUACAAGAAACGUCUGACCUCUGUGAUUGCCAACAAGGGUUUUGCCACCAAGUACUAAGUCAUGUUUUGCAGAGGGGUCAAAUACUUAUUUCCCUCAUUAAAAUCCAAAUAAAUGUAUAACAUUUUUUACAUGCGUUUUUCUGGAUUUUUUGUUGUUAUUCUGUCUCUCACUGUUCAAAUAAACCUACCAUUAAAAUUAUAGACUGAUCAUUUCUUUGUCAGUGGGCAAACGUACAAAAUCAGCAGGGGAUCAAAUACUUUUUUCCCUCACUGUAUCAUAACGCUGGAAAAGGAUACUGAUAAUGAAAAGAGAAACCAAUUAUAAACCAUAUAAAACCUUGAUGAAAGUUAGCUUUACAGAGAAAGUUUAAAUGCGAUAUUUUUGGAUGUUACAUUGCCUGUCCCAGUCAGCCCACUAUCUUUACAAUACUGUAGAACACGCAAACAAUACUCAAGAUACUCAACAAUACUCAAUUUGGUCUCUCUUGCUUCAUUAAUAUCUUAUCAUAACUAACACUGGGGGACAGCUGUGAGUGGAAAAACAAGCUCUGUGAGUCCUUUCUAUAAGCCAUGAAAUACGAUUGACUGAAAAUUAUUAUUUUUUGACUUGGCCACCUACUCUGUAAUAGUCAAAAUUCAUGCAAUUUCCUACUUAAACUUUUCAAAUAAACUUCAACAUAUGGGCGGACCUUAAGGAUAAUUAUGAAUGUGGUUCCAUUUAGAACUAACUUUAUUUGUGCAUGCUUUUACACGGAAUCGCCUGGAUAGAACCCAUACAGCACUCCUGUGUGAUGCACAUGAAGGAUUUAAAUGGCCAUGUGACAUAAUGUACAUGUAAUAACCCUGUUCCUGAGGAGUUGUGGGAGUGUCUUGAUUCGCUGAACCAGGUUUGUUAGUGCUGGGCUGGAACAAAAGCCUCCAAACCUUUUAGCUCUCCGGGGCAAGAGAUGAUGAAUGGCAGUUUUAUUGUCAUGAAUCUUGACCUGGAGGCAGCUCUGCAGAGUGGUCACUAGCUAGCACAGCCACAAAGUCAUAAAAUCUAAAUUAAGACCAAAAAGCAAAUGGCCCAUCUAGUGGAAAUCACUCAGUUCUGCCUCCACUGCAAGAUUCAUGACAAUAAAUGUCAACCUGCUGGUGAAUGGUGAUCACUGGAGUAGUGUGUGUGACCACUGAGUUAGUGUCUGCUCAGCUCUGACUACCUGGUGUUUUCCUCCAGACCAGAGUCAGAGUCCAGGAGGGAAGGCCGUCUACCCAGGAGGACCUGGUACCAAGAUCACCUCCGUCUCCACGGGCAACCUGUGUGCUGAUGUGAGUAACCACAGCAACACCACCAGCCAGUGGAAUGUCUCCCGUAGCAUAUCUCCCUGAGGAGAAGGUCUACGCUGUCUCAGUUAUGACAAGACAUUACCAGUCACACCACUGGACAGGUCACACAGAGUACGACAGAACUGCGAUCCAGCACACGCAGACCAUAUAGUAUUGCAGCAUUCCCUGUUUUUAAUCAGUUCUUCUCAGCUCUCACAAUCAAAACAAUAACCAAGAUUACUAAGAGAUAUGAGUCAUUAUAGGUAGGAAAAUCACAACGUUCCAUCGUAAUUGAAAAUGGCUUUAUCUAUUGUUCCCCCUGUAAUAAAUUCCUAAUCAGCUCUCCAACCACUAUCACUGAUUAGCUACCCAGCUGUGGUGCGGCGUUCGUGUGCUGCCUCACCAACAUUCUUAUCCUGUCAACAAACAAUGGUCUCCCUGAGCACACGACCCCACCGCCAUCGGCUACCGUUAAUAACACUGAUGAAAUCUGGACCGUGACCACGAGCGAUUGUCUAGUUUAUCCGACGUCUCUUAGCCAACCUUAAUGUAUGGUUUGGAAUAGCAUAAUCCCUUCUAUAGGACCACAAAAACGGUUGUCUUGAUCUCCUAGCCAACCAUAAUGUAUGUUCUAAUAGUAGUCCCCUUUUCCUUCUCUAUAGGACGAGCCCUCUCCUCCUCGUCCGGAGGCCUACCCCAUCCCUACUCAGACCUACCCCAGGGAAUACUUCACCAUCCCAGCCUCCAAGUCUACAGACCGGAUGGGCCCGGCCGCGGGGCAGUUAUACGCUGACGACAGGGGUCCUCCUGGUUCCAUGGAAGACCACCACAACAACAGCAUGGCGAUGCAGGUGGGCACACGGGCAAAGGAAUCAUGCAGAAAUGUUUUGUCUGAAUAGCAUAAUAUCAAAUACUAUACAUUUACAUUUUAGUCAUUUAGCAGACGCUCUUAUCCGGAGCGACUUACAGUUAGUGAGUGCAUACAUUUUCAACCCUGGCGUUGCAAGCGCCAUGCUCUACCAACUGACUAUACCUGUAUGUUGUUAAUUUACACAUGUACUAGGAGUAUACAGUGUUGUAAAAGUGCUGUGCUGCUCUUGCACUGUGUUAAUGUGUGUGUAUGUGACUGCUGUGUCUGUCCUCUCAGCGGGUGGGCCACUCUCAGGAGGAGCUGUGUGACCUCCCGGGGGGCUACCCUCCAGCCGGCCUGCGUCCUGAGGACCUGGUCCACCUGCACCUGCACCAGCAGCAGCAGAGAGAGGCUGACUACCAGCGAGGCAGUGGGGAACACUGGGGCAACCACCACCAGGUCUCCUCCUCCGUGGAGUCCUCCACCUCCAGCCAGGAGCACCUCAACUACUCCUCCUCCAACAAGACCCAGAGCAACCAUAAGAGUGGCCCGGGACGCUGGAAGACCCCUGGCCCCGGUCCCAUCGCCCCGCACCCAGGCCCCGUGGCUCAGGCCACACGCACAGACCUCCCUCCCCCUCCACCGCCCCCUCCCCCCGUACACUACCAGGACUUUGAGCCCCAGCUCGACAUGCCCCUGCCCCCCCCUCCCUCAGCCUCCCAGCAGCAGGCAGCAGCCGCCGCCGACCGCAAGAAGCGCGAGGAGCAGCAGCGAUGGUAUGAGAAGGAGAAAGCCCGGUUAGAGGAGGAGAGGGAGAGGAAGAGGAGGGAACAGGAGAGGAAGCUGGGACAGGUCCGUAACCCAUCCGUGCCUGUAGCCCACAACAACCACCAACACGGGGGCACACUCCCCCCUCCCACACAGCACCAUCAGAUGCCCCCUCCCCAGUCCCCCAUGCCCAUGCAGCAGGUGCCCCAGCCCUACCUCCCCACCCAGGCCCAACAGCAGCAGCCCCCCCAGGCCUGAGAAACUGUCCACCCUGCCCAGAGCAACCACCCUGCCCCCUCAGGGAAACCCCAUGGACACAGUGAUCAGAGAGCUGCUCCCCCAGCAGCAGCCCCGCACCAUCGAGCGCCGGGACCUGCAGUACAUCACCAUCAGCAAGGCGGAGCUGUCCUCCAGCGACAGCCUGUCCCCAGACCCCUGGAAGAGGGACGCCCGGGAGAAGCUGGAGAAACAGCAGCAGCUGCACAUUGUAGACCUGCUGGACAGGGAGAUCCAGGACCUGCAGGCCAAGCCGGAGCGUACGGCCGAGGAGAGCGACCGGCUCAGGAAGCUGAUGUUGGAGUGGCAGUUCCAGAAGAGACUGCAGGAGUCCAAGCAGAGUGAUGAGGAAGAUGAGGAGGAUGA